UGAAAGUAAAAUCAAAAUUGUAUGUAAAUCUUUAGGAAAGCUCUUCAAAAUUAUGUCACCAUGCAAUUCCAAAAAGUUCCAAACAGUGACACACUGCAUCUUCGAUAACGAUGGCACCCUAAUGGAUACGGAGAACAUUUACCAGAUGGCAGUGCAAAGGACAAUCGAUCCCUUCGGUAAAGAGUAUAGCUAUGAUCUUAAGUUGCGCUGCAUGGGCCUGCCAAUCAUGCUAGCAGCCAAGUUGCUGAUCAAGGAGCUAGAUCUACCAGUUACUCCCGAAGUGUAUAUCGAAAGCUUUGACAAAGCGAUGAUUGAGCUGACGUCUAACGUAUCGCUUCUGCCGGGUGUAAGGAAUCUGCUGCUGCAUCUCGCUCACCAUCGCGUCCCCAUGGCUAUUGCUACGGGAUCUGGGCGCAGGAUGUUUAGCUUGAAGUCUGCACCUCAUUGCAAUAUUAUGCCUGCUUUUCAUCAUAUCGUCUGCGGCUGUGAUCCGGAGCUUAAGGCGGGAAAGCCCGCGCCGGACAUCUUUCUAUUGGCUGCUGCUCGAUUCGCCCCACCGGCACAUCCCAAGUGUUGUUUAGUGUUCGAGGACUCGCCAAAUGGCCUGCAGGCGGGCUUGGCAGCUGGUAUGCAAGUAGUAAUGAUUCCAGAUCCGCGUUGUCCCAAAGAGCUAAGACAGGGUGCUACUCAGGUGCUGGAGUCCAUGGAAGACUUUAAACCGGAGCAAUACGGGCUGCCUCCCUAUGGAAAUUGUGAACGAUUUUAUUUUGGCUAAUUCUUAAAAUCCUGAGUUAAAAUUUUAAGUUUUUGUUUAUACCAAAGAUAAGAAAAAUAAAUUUAGGACUUAUAGCAUA